AUGGCACUUGUUGCAAACCCACUUAUUUGUCCCCCCAGCGAACUUGAGAUUACGUAUGCGUCACCGGUGUAUCGACGGUCAAGUGACUCUCAGAGCGUACGAUCGUGCCGUACGAACCGAUCCUCAAGCGACAGUUCCACUCGUGAUGGGGAUGGCUUUGUUGAGGAGGACCUCCGGGCCGGAGGGCCCUACCUACCGGAACCACCCUGCUUGACCUUUUACCCCCGGCAACAUGAUCCGUUCCUGCAGAAGCACCAGAAAAUGCCCUUGGUAGAAGGUAUACUCAAUUUAGCGAAAAAUAACCAGAUCAACGUUAUAGAAGUCGAGUUUUGCUAUCGCUCAUCUGAGCAUGAUCCCAGCGGUGCGAAAAAGCUCACCUGCAAGUUGAUAGCCCAGAAGCAAGACCCGAAGGAAGUCUGGGUGGGGUUCGCCCGCACCGUUCUCGGAUUCCUUCAUCAGCGCGGCGUGACCAACAUCGUGGUUGAGAUCAUCGAUCCGCUAUUCCACAAAACUCUCGUCUAUGCCCCAUGCAGCCCAUCCGAUCCGAUUUUCUCGGAUUGGAACAAGGUUCGGGCGAGCAUUGAGCAGCAAAUACCACUUCGCGGAAUAAAUGUGAUCAGCUGCCACCGGAUUGGGACUUCUAGAGACCGCGCGAGUUGUCCGCCCAUGGUUAUAGUGGGUGUGGAUCCUCACGAACUGCGUGACUGGCGGCGGACUCGUGACGACGUUUUGGCAAUCCUGAAGACCUUUGGGCACAGCCAGGUUGGAGUGCUUAUCAGAAAGGAAUUCUUCAUGCCUAUGUGCUCUUGUGAGGACAAAGGACCAAAAAUGGAUCGAAUUACAGCCAAUGGUGCUGCCCGGAUAGGCAUGAGUCUCUCUCUCAGUGAUGAGAAGGACAACCGGGGCACCCUUGGCGGCUACAUCGAAAUUCAGAACCCCAAGACCAAGAAGUGGUUGCCGAUGGCUCUGACCUGCAUGCAUUGCGUGCUGCCUACCCAGGAGCAGACAAAGAUUGCUCCCGACAGAAAGACAGUUUAUGAUGGUUUUCGUAAGAACGGUAUUCGAAUGGAUGACGACAAAUCUCUGUUGCUCAUGCAUAGCCCCGCUGUGAGUGAGGUCCUUGAGACAAUCGAGGAAUUGAAGGAAGGGAUACAGGGACAUCUAAAUGACAACACCUACAAACUCGUGGAGCUCCAGAAGCAACGCAAUGAAUUUGUGCUUCCCCACCACGAGAAAUCGUGGGCACGGCUCAAGGGAGAGCUCCGCGUCAAACAUGUUAAACUAGAGAAAGUGCUAAAGGCUCAGAGAGAGAAUGAGUAUGUUCUUGGGUCGGUGUUCGCAGGCUCCGGAUUGAAAACGAAGCAGCUGUCAACUAUAAAAAGUCAGGAUCCGACGUCAAAGCAUCCGUCCAUCGUUGACUGGGCGCUUAUUCAAAUCAAUCAUCGGGCGCCGGGUGAUAACACGUCAUCAGAUCUAAAAUUAGAGGCAGGGCGACUCGCUGAGUUUGAAGAAGGGGUCUCACCGGGCUAUGAAGCGACACUCUUGAAGUUGGGCCAUAAAACUGGCUUCACUACGGGGAAGUACAAUCCUCUUAUGGAUUGCAGAGUUGCAAGAAACCCGGAAACAAAUGAGGUUAUCCUGACUCUAGAACACUCUAUUGUCUCUCUUGGUGAAAAACAUGGUGUCAUCGGCCCAGGCGAUUCUGGCGCCCUAGUGUACGAUUCCAAGGCCAGGGUCUGGGGCAUGUGUUUUGGGGGUGCCGACAACGGCACGAGGGCAUAUUUUACCCACAUCUCAGACUUGCUCGCGGACAUCAAGUCAACUUUGGGCGUCACAGAGAUUCGUCUCGUGGAAUAG